CAGAUUUGCAUGUCCCACAGAGCAACGCCUACUGCCCUGAACAUUUAUCAAUAGGCUGGUGACAUCCUGUGCAGAAGUCUCUCUCAGUCCGGACACAGCAUGGACAUGAGGGCCCCAGCUCAGCUCCUGGGACUCCUGCUGCUCUGGCUCCCAGAUACCAGAUGUGACAUCCAGAUGACCCAGUCUCCAUCCUCCCUGUCUGCAUCUGUAGGAGACAGAGUCACCAUCACUUGCCGGGCGAGUCAGGGCAUUAGCAAUUAUUUAGCCUGGUAUCAGCAGAAACCAGGGAAAGUUCCUAAGCUCCUGAUCUAUGCUGCAUCCACUUUGCAAUCAGGGGUCCCAUCUCGGUUCAGUGGCAGUGGAUCUGGGACAGAUUUCACUCUCACCAUCAGCAGCCUGCAGCCUGAAGAUGUUGCAACUUAUUACUGUCAAAAGUAUAACAGUGCCCCAUUCACUUUCGGCCCUGGGACCAAAGUGGAUAUCAAACGAACUGUGGCUGCACCAUCUGUCUUCAUCUUCCCGCCAUCUGAUGAGCAGUUGAAAUCUGGAACUGCCUCUGUUGUGUGCCUGCUGAAUAACUUCUAUCCCAGAGAGGCCAAAGUACAGUGGAAGGUGGAUAACACCCUCCAAUCGGGUAACUCCCAGGAGAGUGUCACAGAGCAGGACAGCAAGGACAACACCUACAGCCUCAGCAGCACCCUGACGCUGAGCAAAGCAGACUACGAGAAACACAAAGUCUACGCCUGCGAAGUCACCCAUCAGGGCCUGAGCUCGCCUGUCACCAAGAGCUUCAACAGGGGAGAGUGUUAGAGGGAGAAGUGCCCCAGGCCCCCCACCGGCUCCUCAGUUCCAGCCUGACCCCCUCCCAUCCUUUGGCCUCUGACCCUUUUUCCACAGGGGACCUACCCCCAUUGCGGUCCUCCAGCUCAUCUUUCACCUCACCCCCGUCCUCCUCCUUGGCUUUAAUUAUGCUAAUGUUGGAGGAGAAUGAGUAAAUAAAGUGAAUCUUUGCA